GCAACUUCCAACACCUCUUCCGGACCGGUCAUAAUCGGACAGCGCCAAAUCGUAAUGGCAUGCAUUCUCUUUUACCAUCCAUGCCCCACUUCUGGUCCAAGGGCCACGCCGAUGAGGCGUCGACUAGCUCUGCCAAGGAUUUGAAAGAGACCCAGAGGAUCGAAAUCGUGGUGGACAAUCCCUACCUCACGCUCCGAGGGCACGGAUCCGACGUGGAGCCUGGCGUCCUCUCUGGAACGGUUGCGCUCUGCCUCGCCGAGGCGACGGAUCUGCGCUCCGUAACGCUCGAGUUUCGCGGCGAAGCAUACCUCCCUCUGGCAGUCACAUCCAGCCAAGACGCAUUCAUCGGAGAUCCUCCCACGGAGUAUGUCUUUUGCCAUCACAAAUGGUCGUUUCUCGAAGGCGGGAAGAAGCACAACCACACUCUCAAGGCGGGCCGACAUCUCUUCCGAUUCGAGCUGCAGGUGGGCGGCAGCUUGCCGUGCAGCAUCGCCACGGACAUCGGCGGAGGAGCGGGGAUCGUGUAUAAGCUACGGGCGGUUGCACAUCGCGCCGGGCUGAGUCAUAACCUGCAAUGCGUCAUACCGGUGCACUGCAUCCGUGCGCUUGUCCCCGACGCAUUGGAGUACCAGCAGACGCGCGAUGUCGAGAGUCUCUGGCGGGAUCAGCUGAUGAUGUCUGUGGCCAUGCCUCAUUGCGCGUGGGGCGUCGGAGACGAGUUCGUGUCGUUGCUAAAAGUAUCGAGGCUGGUGAAAGGUGCCGGACUGCUCAGUGCUACGAUCACUUUGAAGGAGAAGACGCAUAUAUUCGACCGGACCACUUCCUUCACACGACCAGUGGCUAGCGUGUCAUACGACAUUGUAGGAAACAAGGCAGUACCGGUUGCGCCAGGGACUCCGAGACGCUCGAACUCCCGGUCCAGUGGGGACCGCUCGAUUACCCAUCACCGCGGCUCACCGUCGCCUAGUAUUCGGGCCUCCACCAGCUCAGCCAGGCCAGAAGCUAACACGAGCAGUUCCGAAUCAGGUCAUUCAACUGCAGAUUUCCAGGACGAUGAGCACACCGAAUUGUCCAUACCUCUUCGGAUGCGGAUUCCUCUGAACCUCACUCCCAGCCACACUCUCGUGCCCCUGAAGAUCGAGCACACGAUGUACUGGACACUAACAGUGAUGUCGGCGAGUGGAGACAUUCUCGAUCUCUCUUGCCAUAUGAAUGUGCAGCUGCUCGACACUCAUCUUCUCAAAGAAGUGCGAUCCCACACUAGGGCUGCCCGAAAGCUGUUGGUUGGGAGCCCAAGCUCGCCGCUCGCCGGAGAAGACGAUCCGAACUAUCUACCGAGCUACAUGGCUCAUGUCCGGGACCGGGUCGCGAACAUCUAUCUCACUGAUACCAACUCGAUGCGGGUGCCGAAUCCUUGGCUAAUACUAGGAUUGGAGCCGAUUCCAAAUUCGGACCACGAUACGGAAGUGAACGCACGGGCGAUGGAGCAAGCGGACACUGAAAUUAUCACCGAUGCUGACUCGGAUGACGAUGAGGAGCAACAGUACAAUCGGAAUCCUGUUGCCAUUGACUGGGCGAACUCGGAGUUGAUGAUAUCUCAGGGAUUGACGCGUCUGUCAUCUCCGACUCCCAGCGCGGACGAGUUGAGUCUUGCUGGCAGUGGCCGUUCCAUCUCAGACCAUCCAAGUCCCACCAUGGUGCAAGAUAUACCUACGUACACGCAUAACACGCACCACAACGCAGCCGGUCUUUUCACGAUCAAAAUGGAAUCCGCCAAAGCCCAUUCGCACUGGCCCGCGAUCCCUCAGCGGUAUGAAGCGCUGGGCAAGGAAGCGGUGAAGGAGAUGGCCGACCCGAACCCCCACUCGCCCUUGCGCACAGAAUUGGAGCCGACACUCCUCCCGCGUGCCUUUGUCGAAGUUCCCACAUACGACAGUGCUGUUCAUGCUUUCUGCGGCGCUGUUCCCCCCCUCACUAGUCUGCAAGGCUUGCCGUCCUACCAGGAGGCUGCCCAGAGUCCAGUGUAGAGGACAUCGCAUAUACAAUAUCUGUAGCCUACGCGCAUUCAAUCACCAUUUUGUGAUAACUGCUGGAGACCCAACUAACUCGACGUGCAGUAUAGUAGACACGGUCACUGGUCAGAAUAUGUCGUUGCACAGCCACGCGGACUGCCCGAAAUAGGUAAGAGCAUACGCGUCGCUCUUGUCCACUUGCUCUUUCAACCCACAAAAUGGCAGACUCAGAUUCUAGACGCAACUCCGCCCGCGGGUUCCGUCCAUCGGGACCGGUGCGUGUCGGGCGGAUCGGCGGCUGGUCUUCGGGUACUCCCGCACCCUCGUCAAGCAGCCACAGCGGCGGCCCACGAAUCGGCACCAUGCGCGACAUCGGAUCGGGCGCAGCGUCAUCUGCUCCUCGCCCCCCGCCCGGUCAACACCAGGGGCAAGACCACGACGACGAGGACGACGAGGAGUCGGAUGAGGACGAUGGCGAUGAGCGCCAGCCCCAGUCGUAUUUCGCCGGUGGAGAGCGCAGUGGGAUCAGUGUGCAGAACCCCGACUCUGGCCCGAGGAGGCGCGAUGGGCCCGCAGGGAUGGUGCGGGAUCUCCUGAGACGCGCGGCAGAAGCGGGCCCCUCGCCCAGCAGCAUCGCCGCCACGGCUCCUCCCACCGCGUUCUUCGGCGGCGCGAACACGCUCGGCUCAGAUGAGGUGGAAAGUCGGUUCAUCCCGGACCCUAACGCGGCACCGACUGAAGGCGACGACGGCGACCUGCCCCGCGUGACGCGUUAUCUCACAUUCUGGGCGUCUGGUUUCACUGUCGAUGCGCCCAACGAGCCGUUGGGGAGUGGGACAGGGACAGGCCUGAUGCGAUUCGAUGAUCCGCAGAAUGCGGAGGUGCUCGCUGCGUUGCGGCAAGGACUCGCGCCGCCCGAGAUCCUGAAUGUCCUUUCCGGCCAGCCUGUCGAGGUGGUUUUAUCCGAUCGGUCGCAUGAAGAGUAUGUCCCCCCACGCACGGUUUGGUCCGGUGGAAACAGAUUAGGUGCUGUCGUGCCCGGGCAAUCUUCGUCGUCCUCUUCCAGCUCGGCAAUGCCCGGCUCCUUCACUAGCGCUGCAUCCCCCGUUCAGGCUUCGACCGCUGCUCCAACUGUGGAUGCAUCCCAACCAGUGGCACAGAUUCAAGUACGCCUUGCUACCGGCGGUCGACUCGCCGCGCGACUGAAUCACACACACACCGUGGCCGAUCUUCGCGCUUUCAUUGACUCUCAAGGGGGUGUGCAACAGCAAUACAUUCUGCAGACUACGUUCCCCACGAAGGAGCUGAACGAUGAUCAGACGAUCUCGAGUGCGGGGUUGGCGGGCAGUGUCGUCGUGCAACGGUUGGUUUGAUUAGACACUAGAGGUUUGUAUAGACUUCCAGCUGCCACUCAAUCACGGGCUUGCGCUAUUUCCAUCGAAUGCCAAUGGAUACGGGGGGGAAAGAGGUAUAUCAAAUCUCCCUGUCUGUCACGACGAUCCCAAUCUUAGCCUCGACGCCACCUUCAGCAUGAUUGUCGUGGGUGAUCAAUUCCAGUUCAAGCUGGAGAGCCGAAUCGGACUCGAGGUCUAGCCCCCAAUAGCGGCUGUGCAGAUCCAUGCACACUUGCGUCUCCAAGCGGAUUGAUACAGCACGUCAUGGACGCAUACAGCUGACCACAGGUGUUGCUUGUGAAGUAUGGUGGUUGUGAGGGAACCGAGAGACUUAUCGUCCAUGUGAAAGCCAUUAGAUAGGGAACCGGAUGUCAAAGACAUCUUCAUCUGAUCUGAUGAAAAUCUGGUCCCGCGGAAACUCAUGAAUAGACCGGGGCAAUCCUCAAGGAAAGCUAUACUUGGAAAGUCAUAAAUAAACUCGUAUUGGCCGACGCACGAUGUUUCACAUCCUUUCUGAGUCGAGCUCCCAUCCAAAAAUGUAGUCUCUGCAACAUAGGGAUCAGCCGCGGAUGAGAGUCCAGUCUUUUGG